AUGAUAAAUAAUAAUCAAUUAGAAUUAUUAAAAUAUAAAAUUAAAAUAAAUGAUGAAUUUAUCAAAAUUACUGAAAAUUCAUUAAAAUUAUUAUUUUCUAAUUUUGGUUUUCAAACAUCGGCAACCGAUGAAAAAUUAAAUGAAAUUUUAAUUUUUUUAUUAAAAUAUAGAAAAAGAGAAUUAGUACCAUUCGAUUUAGUUGAUAUUGGUAUUAAAUGUUUAAAUUUAAAUGUUAUUAAAUUUUUAACUUCUGAACUUUACUCUUUUCAAAUAUUUCAAUCAUCUUUGGAAUGGGUGGUAAUAAAUUCAAAUUCUUUAUUUUUAAAUGAAUCACUUGGAUCACUACAAUCACUCCAUUCUACUGAUUCUAUUGGUUUAACAACAAUUAGUAUUAUAAUAAAAAAUAUUACAUAA